AUGAAAUCGCGACCUGUCGCAACAGAACAAGUUUGCCGGUUUUUUAAAUCUCCGCACGAACCGCUCGCCGCGCACCUGUCAGUCGCCGUUUAUAUUUGCUGCCGAACUGACGUACAUUUGAAUAAGUUGAAUUGCAGUAUCUGCUCAUUGAAAAUUACAAAAAUGUUGUACAAAUUUGCUAUUGUUUCAUUUUGUUUCUGUGUCACGUUACAAAAUAUAGGUUCGUUGGCGGAAAUGAAAUCGGAACAAACCACCACAAAUACUGCACUCGCAAAAUUAGUAAAAAUGUUUUCUAAACCUGGUGCAUUCAAACAGAUGAAUACACUUCUUGGUGAGAGUUCCAGCGAGGAGACUUCCACAUCUUGUCCACUGGGUGAAGAUGGUCUAGAAUGUCGAAGAGCCGAGGCGCGAAGAUCUGUGGAUUGUCCCUAUGGAGAUUGUUACUGUGGUAAUUGUGCAGUUGCUGGGCCUCAUAUGUGGUCAACAUGUUGUCGCGAAAGUUUAAAAUGCUGUUCUCAUUUGGCAGCAGCAUGUAGGACCUGUGAUCAUCCCUCUCUGUACCCAUUUUGUGCCAAACAUUUCAAAAAAUGUAUAAAUCACAUGAAUGAAAAAAAACAGAAGUAAAUCUAACAAUCGAUCAUUCAGUUUUACUAUAGUUUGUGUUUGAAUUGCAUUCAGUUUGAGAAUGUGUAUUACAAUUCAGACACAGACACGAUCCUGGGAUUUAUCAUGGAGUUGGUUUACCGAUACAAACUUGGGAAAAUAGAAUUCCUUGCCAUAUUUGACACUCCAUAUUACAUUACUAACUUUGAGUUAAACCACUUUGUAAUUGCCCAAGUAGGGGGCUUACUAAAUUAGAAGUCGAACUGGUUACGACUAUAAACAUUGCCCUGUAGAGAAGGUUGUACAAUCAAACCAGAUGAUCAACAUUUUCUACUUUAGAAUACGUGAUAUAUCUAGCAUAUGAUUGGCUUGGAAAAGAAGUACAAUCAACUUUACGAUGAUUAUUAUUUUAUAAUAAAUAAAAUAUCUUGGAUCUUCAAAAGGCAUGAUUAUAGGAAACUCUUUUACACGCUGUUCAAAUAUCUGACUAUGAGUAGAAAAAAUAAAUGUUCUGAUCUAUGGGUGACAACCUGCAGACAUUUUACCUUGUGUAAUAUUAUAAAUAUGCAUAAUUAUGAAUAAUAUAUUGAAUCAAAAAAAGAAAUAAAAGUUUUUAAAUAAAUACCAAUGUUUAAAUACAA